AGUUGAAGAAUUGUGAUCUUCCAUCAGAUUAUGUAACAGCUACAAAAGAAGUGAGAACAAAACCUUUUCCAUACCAUGCACAUUGCAUGACAUUUGAUUGCUUCCAAGAUUUUUCAAACAAACUGUGGUACUCUUCGAUUCGACCAGGAAACAAGGCUUUGGAUGCAACUGUCAAUGAAGUUUGUAACUAUAUUUACCAGCCUGAUGGUAAAAUAAAAUUCAAACUGGGAUUUGAUGAGCAGGCAGAAGAGCUCCCACGCCGCAGCAAAGUGAUUUCCGAAGAAAUUAUCUACCCAGCACUUUAUUCAGAUGCCGCCAAGGAAGAAGUGGGACAAAGAGGUGAUGAAAUCUGCAAUAACAGCUGUCAGAAACAAGGAAAUGGGGUAUAAAGCUGCGAGUAAGACAUUUAGUGUGCCUAGGGCAACUCUCAAG